AUGAAAGUGUCAACGUUAACUUCAAUUUGUUUGGCUUUGAUGGCUUUUGCCAAUGCGGAAGAAGUACAUCAACAAAAGAGAGGCUUUUUUGAUGAUAUAAUAAAUGGAAUCACGGGUAACACUGCUACAGCUGCAGUCAAUUCAGCAGCAAGUGCAUCUACAACUGCAGCCGCUACAGCUGCAGCUGCAGCUGCAAGCGGAGGCUCUUCAUCUGCAACACCUGAAGAGGACGACGAGGAAGAUUGUGAAGAAGAAUCUACAACACCAUCAGCUACUAGUCCAACUGCCUCAAACACAAUAAGCAGCAACCCAACUUCAUCAGAUCCGGUCUCAUCUAACCCCGUUUCAUCAGGCUCAGUCUCCUCAGACCCGACUUCAUCAACCUCCGCUGCACCAUCUUCAUCUCAAGGGGGUCUUGAUUCUAUCUUGUCAGAUUUGUUCCCAGGCUCAUCAUCAACCCCAAGUAGCUCACAAACUAUUGCUGGUGAAUCAUCUUCAUUGUCACAAAGUUUGGAUCCUACCGCUUCAACUUUGAGUAGCACCCCAGGUUCAUCAUCCAAUUUAACAUCAACAACAUCUACCGGUGGAAAUAUCAUUUCUAGCCUUGUUAGUGACUUGCUCCCAUCAAACAGUGGCUCUCAAAGCUCCUCAAGCUCUGAACCAGAUGAUGACGAUGAAGAGUGUGAAGACGAAUCAUCUAGUCCUGUAGCCUCGAAUACCAACAUCGUCCCAACCACCACAGGAGGUAACAAUGAUCCAACUACCACUGCCGGAGGUAAUGAUGAUCCUACUACUACAACAACAUCAGGUAACUGGUUGAGCUCUUUGUUGAACCCAAGCUCCUCCGUCGCUGGUGUUUCAACCACCACAGGUAACAACUCACUGAGUUCAGCUUUAGACCAAAGUUCCUCCCUUGCAGGUGGUGCUACUACUACUACUGGAACAGGUGAAGAUGAUGACGACGAAACUGAUUGUGAAACUGCCACUGAUGAACCAACUACAACCAAUGGUGGAAAUGGUGGAAAUGGUGGUACUAGCGACCCAACAGUUACUUCUAAGCCUACCACAACUACCACCGGAUCAGGUGGUGAUGACGAUGAUGAUGAUGAAACUGAUUGUGAGACCACCACAAAUGAACCAACCACUGAUGGAAUUACCACUACCAAGUCUACCAGUAUUGCUGGUGAAUCUAAGACUACUACUGUCACCACUACAAAUUCUGGUGGUGGAGUCGAAACUAAUACUAUUACCACCCACGAUCAAGGAACUACAAAGAAUCCUACUACUACUGCCGCUGGUGGAGGUACUGUAACUGAAGCUCACACAGUUACGCUUACAUACACAGGAGCUGGACAAACGUUUACAACUUAUGUUACUCAGCAACCAGAAGAGUGUGAAGAAACUGUUUACUACACUGUCACCACUGUGGUUCCAUGCACUACUGUUGCUCCUGGUGGAGGAAUCUCAACCACUACUGUUACUGUUGUCGUUACUCAAACCGUUUACCCACAAGAUGAGAAUGAUGAUGAUUAUGAUAAUGGAUCAAGUGGAUCAGGCUCUAGUGGAUCAGGCUCUAGUGGAUCAGGCUCUAGUGGAUCAGGCUCUAGUGGAUCAAGUGGUUCAUCAGGAGACGAUGAUGAUGACUGGGAAUGGAUCGAGGAGGGUGAUGAUGAUUGUACCACAACCACUGUCAAGUCUAUUGCAACUAGUGGCAGCAGCUCUUCAGGCUCAGGCUCUUCAGGCUCAGGAUCUUCAGGCUCAGGCUCUUCAGGUUCAGGAUCUUCAGGCUCAGGCUCUUCAGGCUCAAGCUCUUUCAGCUCAGGAUCUUUCAGCUCAGGCUCUUCAGGCUCAGGCUCUUCAGGCUCAGGCUCUUCAGGUUCCGGCUCUUCAGGUUCCGGUUCCAGCUCAAGUGAUCUUGGCGGUUUGCAUCCAACUGAUAUUGUUUGCCCAGGAGAAGAUGGUUACGACAGUGAUGAUGAUGACUACACCUACACCUCCUCACUGACUUCAACUCCGACUGAAGACUGUGAUGAGGAUGAGGAUGAUGACGACGACGAUGAAGAAGAUUGUGAAGAGACCACCACCUCAACUCCAUACCAAAACAGUACUGCUCCAGCCACCGAAAACUCGACUCUCCAAACUCCAUCGUCAUCUACAUCUUUGAACGGUACUUAUGGAUUCUUGAAGAAUGCUGAAACUGUUGCUGUUACCACUACUCAAAACACAGUAGUAACUGCUUCCGGUGCUGCUGCUACUGAGGAAGCUGAAGUUUCUCAAGUUGCCAAUGCUGCUAACAGAUUGGGAGCCACUGAAAUGAAUGCUGGUUUGUUCACAUUUAUUGCUGUUGCUGGAUACUUGUUGUUAUAA